CAAGCGGUGAUCGGCUACUUGGCGAACGCUGAACAAGUGUCAGUGGCUGAAUUGCACGUGCGCUACAACCUCCCUACCGAGUAGAAGCGAGGUUUGCGCGCUCUUAAUGUAUUUAUUUUUUCGUUCCAAACAAAAUGUCCGAUACCUCUGAAGACAAAAACGAUCGACAAACAGACAAAGAAGACAAAGACAGCAUCUGCCGCGACUUCGUCCGUGGCAUUUGUGAACGAAAGUACUGCAAAUACAAGCACGAAUUCGAAAUGAAGCAGUUAAACUUCUGCCACGACUUCCAGAACAACAUCUGUCCUAGGAACAACUGCAAGUUCAUCCAUUGCACUCCCGAGGAGGAGAUCGAGUACAAGAACACCGGGAUCAUGUCGAACCACAUCCUGGCGGAGGCCACCCGCAAGAACCAGCUGCCGGGGGCGCAGCCCAUCUGCAACCAGUUCAGGAAGGGGUUGUGCAGACGCAACUACUGCAAGUACCGCCACCUGACGAGGGAGGAGGAAGAAGCCGAGAUUCUGGAGCUGAUUCACAACAAUAACAAGAAGAACAUGAUUUGUAUUAGUGCUCCGGGACCGCUGACCGAGUCCCAGGUGAUGAACACCUCGAGCGCUUUACACAGAAGGGGGACCAUCGGGUUUGACGAGUUCGAAGAGUGCGGGAUACAAUUGCCGAAGCGCCGAUUCAUUACUCCCCCGGAGCCGGAGAUUAUCACUAACGGGGAUUUGCACCCGGUGGACGCCAACAGGAUGAGGCCACAGGUGUUCAAGGGGUACUUCGCCGGGAACCCGCCGCCGCCGAUUUUGAGCCGAGCGGACGCAAGGACCUUGAUGCUCGAGGAAGAGAACACCAUGCUCCACAAAGAAAUCGCUCAGCUGAAGCGGCAGGUCUCGGACUUGACCGCCACCAACGAGUUUCUCCUUGAUCAGAACGCCAACUUGCGCGUGUCCAGCAAGCGCAACGAAGCCGUGACCGUGCCUGCCGUCAUCACCACGAAUACUAACACGCCCCAGGUGAUCCGGACGGUCACGGCGAGCGUGGCCACGGUCCCCGUGUCCCUAGCCACAGUGUCCACCUGCAACCCAGUGAACGUAUCAAUCGCAGGCUGUCCUACUGUCAGUAUGGCGUCGCCGGCGCAAAUUUUGGCCCCCAGUCAGCAGAUACUCGUCACUACGAAUCCGCCGCCGCAGGUGGCCAUCGCCAAUAGUUCGCAAGCCCAGUUGGCUAUAGCGCAGCAGAGUCUGGCUAACAACUUGGCGCAGCAAGCGCAGCCGCAACUUACGUCGCAAGCGCAACAACUGGCUUUGGCCACUACCACGCAGCUGACGCUGGCUAACACGCCUCAGCAGCAGCAGCUGACGUCGCUGGCCAAUCCCCCGCCGCAACUGACGUCGCAGGCGCAGCAGAUCGCCAUCGCAAACGUGCCGCAGCAGCUGAUUGCGCAGCCGAGUCAACAAAUCGAGAUUCACAGGAAUGGGAUCAACACCUCGCAGGCGAUCGCCAUGUCCAAUACCACGCAGCCGAUGAUGUCGUACCCGAUCAUGACCCAGAGCAUCAACCAUGCGCUCACGCAUUAAAACUUUUACUACGUGUUUUUAGUGUAGAGUUUAUUCCAUUUUCAAGGAGAAUUAAUUAAGUGGUAGUUGAGUUAAGGGUGAGACUGAAGAUAGGGUAAUUUUGUGUUGUUAUGGCUUGUAUAUAGUAGUUACGGUCUGCAACGAAGACGUAUUUAGUUGAGUGUUUUUUUUGAUAAGUGGUGAUCGUAAACUGGUAUUCCUGAAGUUGUACAAAAGUUAGAGGAUUUAGUUAGGUUAGGAUAAGGUUCUGUCUUACUUUAAUGUAAAUAUACUUAAAAUAAAUACUUAUUUAUGUCGUAUGUUACGGA